AAUCGCUUACAGAGAACUCUUCCCAUCAUCCGUUUCAGGUGGAGUAGAGACCUCACAUGCGUCACGCGCCACAGACUUUAAAAAGAGGCUGCAGCGCAGAGCGAGUAUAACGGUCUGAGCCACUGCGAGAAGACACUUGGAGGAAGAUCACUUCACAUCAGGAACAACUGACUGUAAAGACGCCUAAUUUUUUUUUUACAUUUUUGGCCAUUUUUAGCCAAGUUCUCUGACUCUUUUUUUAUUCGUUUAACGCGUCCACUCCGCAUAACUGGAUACAAUGGCCAGCUCGGGACUGCAGCUCCUCGGUUUCCUCCUCUCACUGGUCGGUCUUGCUGCCACUGUCGCCGCUACUUUCAUGGUUGAAUGGAAGAAGCAGUCGCAGGGUAAGGCGCACAGAAUCUACGAGGGUUUAUGGAUGAGCUGCAGCGGCAACGAGAGAACCACCUGCGAGUUUCACGAGUCCCUCCUGAAACUGCCGACUGAGGUCCAGGCUGCCAGGGCGGUGAUGCUGCUCAGCAUCUUCCUCUCUGCUCUGGCGCUGAUGAUCUCCACCGUGGGGAUGAAGUGUACCCGCUUCAUGGACGGCAAGUCCGAGAGCAAAUCUACAACAGCUAUGAUCGGAGGAAUCAUGUUCAUCAUUUCAGGUUUAUUGACUCUCAUCAUAACCUCCAUCUAUGUCAAAAUGAUUGUUAAGAACUUCAAUGAAUCCCAUCGCCUGCAAAGCUUUGAGUUUGGGAAGGCAGUGUUUGUUAGCUGGGCUGGUGGCCUCCUCACUGUGGCCGGCGGUGCUUUCCUGAGCUGUCGGAGAUGCUCGCGGUCAUCGUCAUCUGAGUCCAUAAGCUCCAACCACCUCAUUUCCACCAGCCACCCCAAGUCCGACUAUGUCUAGUGGAGGAAAGUGAAGGAGGGGACAGCUGAGGCCUGAACACAGUCAGUCCAGAGGUGAACUUACAGACUGGAGCAGGUUGUGUUUCUAAGAUGAGAAAUAUGCAGCCAGUAAAUGGAUCAGGAUUACACACAGGACCAGGCUGUGUGUAAUGACUUUGAAUCUACUUUUUUUUUAAGCUUGUUGAUUUUUUAUUUUUACUUGUGACAUCUUGUGACUUGGGGUCCCAAAGGUCAGAGCAGUAUUUUUUUUUUCAUUCAGAGAAAUUAAAUUAAGGAUUCAAUGUUUAAGUUAUUCAAUUCAAUUCCUUAAUUUCGCUGAAAAUUAUAAAUGUCCAGUUUGCUCACAAUGAACGCGGUCAUCCUGUAUGAAAUCAUAAAUUUACUCUUCACAGUACUAAUCAAGAACACUUGUUUCAACAGUUUACAGACAUUAAAGGGAAAUUCUGAUAUUUUUCAACUUGGACCCUAUUUUCCCUUUUGGGUCUAAGUGACUAAUGGGGACAAAAAUUUUUGGAACUGGUCCAGUAUUCAGCCAGCAACCACGAAACGGGUAGCAAUGUAAUCCUUGGGGGCAACUGUACACGUCAAUAUACGUCCACUAAAAGUGUUUGUUUUUGGCACUGACAGGCUCAGAUUGUUGUUAUAAAUGUCUGAUAACAAAAGUAAACACAGGAAGUAGCCGUCUGUAGCAGCAUCAUGGCUUUUUAGUUUCCUUACAGUCCAACUGCGGUGGUAGUCAGUCUCAUACAUGUAAACAAAACAGCGUGCACGGAUGAAUAUGUGGGUGACUUACAUACAGUAAUUCCUAAGUUUUGAAAUCACGUUUUUCUUUGGAGCUGAGCGUUUGGUCCAGCCGGCCUCGUUCUUUUCAUCCAGUUGAUUCUGUGGAGGUGAAAAAGUCUCCAGGACGAGCUGAAGCGUUCUCACUCAGUGUUCUUUUAAGUUAGUUUUUUAAACACUGUAGAAAAUAUUUUUGUACUUUCACAGUAUAUUUUGCCAGACAAAUCAUUCCUUUUACCUCUUCAGUUUCACAUUGGUGUUGAUAUACAUAUAUAUUUGUUUAUGUUGUUAAUAUGAUCUCAGUUUAAUAUUUUCUGUCUUGUAACUUGUCAGGAUGUUUUAUUGUUUAUAUUACACACUGUAUGGCAGUUUGAAAGAUAAUGGUAUGUACAUUUUGAAAAGAAAAAAUAAAAUUAUUUUGUUUUCAUCAA